CACACGUACGCAUGGUACGUUCGAGCGGCAUGAAGGGAGGACGGCGGUCCAACAGGAGGCUCCUCAGGUCGUUCCUGGGCGCGUGCAGGAAGCUCAGCGCCGAGCUGCAGCUGCUCGGCCCGACGGCGAGCGCGUGGGUGCAACUCGAGGCCGGCGACGAGGCCAUCCCGGUGGACGUGCCGAGGGGCCACACGGUGGUGUACGUCGGGGAGGAGCUGCGGCGGUACGUCGUCCGCGUGUCCUCCCUCGACCACCCGCUGUUCCGGGAGCUGCUCGACCGCGCGCGGGAGGAGUACGAGUUCGCCGCCGACGCCAAGCUGUGCCUGCCCUGCGACGAGGACAUCUUCCUCGCCGUGCUCUGCCACGUCGACUCCAAGCACGACUACUGGAGGCUAGCACUCUGCAGCUGAUCACAGUGAUCCGAUCCCCCGAACGCCGCGCGCGUCGUUGGCCCCUCUCCUGUGUAGGAUCCAAAGUACAGUAGCCGUCUUAAUUGCUGCGGGAUAACGAGAUUUGUGUUCAUGGUCUCAGAUGUAUAGGUGUAGGCCCCAUGUGUGCAGAAAUUUAGUUCCGUUGUUCAAUGCUCUGUAUUCCAUUCUCCAAGGAUGAGUCGCAUGCAAAAUGGCGUGGUACAGAAUGGCAUCCAUUCUUUCUACGUAACUUGCAAUU